CUCGAAAGUUCGCGCCAAGCAUCUCGACUUUCUUUAAAACCUUCAAUCAUGAGUGCUCAAAUUCCGAAAGCUGUUUUCAGACGCCAAUUGGCCGGGGGAGUGAAGAGGAGGGUAUCGAGAGACCCCUACCGAUGUUUUUCAUGCUCGGUUCGCCAGUCACAGCAGCAGACGCCGCCGCCUAAGGAUCGUCAAAAUGCUCCAGGCACGACACACUUCGGCUUCGAGACGGUCGCUGAGGCGCUGAAAGAGCAGCGUGGUAUGUUUUGAUCCAAGUAUAUAGCUUUCUGUGGCUUAUUCGGUUCAGUCGGUGCUGUUUUCUCCUCCGUUGCCUCAUCGUACGAUACCAUGAACGAUCUUAUGUCCCUUGGAAUCCAUCGCCUCUGGAAAGACCACUUCGUCCGAAACCUCAAUCCCGGCCGAAACCCCUUGACCUCCUCGUCCUCGUCCGAGAAAGGCUGGAACAUUCUUGACAUCGCUGGUGGCACCGGCGACAUCGCAUUCCGAAUGCUCGACCACGCCUCAACGAUCAACAACGAUGCCCACACCAAAGUCACCGUGGCAGACAUUAAUCCAGACAUGCUUGCGGAAGGCAGGAAGCGCGCUCUCGAGACACCAUAUGCCAGGUCACCCCGACUGGACUUCAUUGAAGCGAAUGCGGAGAAAUUGGAUAUGAUUCCGGACGCCAGUAUCGACCUGUACACCGUGGCUUUCGGUAUCAGGAAUUUUACGCACAAGGAGGCGGCUAUCCGCGAGGCUUAUCGCGUGUUGAAGCCCGGCGGUGUGUUUGCUUGCAUGGAGUUUUCCAAGGUCAACAACAGCCUCUUCGAUGCCGUAUACAAGCGCUGGAGCUUUUCAGCUAUCCCCCUAAUCGGACAAGUCGUUGCUGGAGAUAGGGAUAGUUACCAGUACUUGGUAGAGAGUAUCGAGCGGUUCCCCAGUCAGACAGAGUUCCGAGACAUGAUCAAGGACGCCGGGUUCUUGGUACCGGGCCAGGGCUGGGAAGAUUUGACCGGCGGUAUUGCCGCUAUUCACAAGGGCGUCAAGCCAGCGUAGUCACAGCAUUGUUCAUGAAUAUGUAGUAUAGAAAGUGUAAUUUUAUUGCAUUGUAACAUGAAGCAUGGUAGCUUAGGGUAUCAACCAAUCCAGAGAAAUCCCCGUUAACGCCA